CCUCCAACCAUGUCCAGCAGCGAGCAAGAUUACGAGAAAAUGACCGCCGAAGAGCGUGAGCAGCACGACAAGCUUCAAAAAGAGAGAGAAGAAGCCGAGCAAGCUCAAUUACCUUACAAGUGGAAGCAAACACUGCAGGACGUGGACGUUAGCAUUCCCGUCCCAGCUGGAACGAGGUCAAAGAAUCUUGAUGUCGUGAUUGGCAGGAAGAAGAUCAAAAUCGGUGUAAAAGGUCAGCCACCAAUACUGGAAGGCGAGUUGCCCCAGACCGUCAAAGUCGAGGACAGCACCUGGACCAUAGAGGAUCAAAAGGAAGUAUUGGUGCAUCUUGAAAAGGUCAACCAGAUGACUUGGUGGGAGCACGUCGUGACUUCGGCACCCAAGAUAAAUACAAAAUCCAUUCAGCCGGAGAACUCCAAACUCGGUGAUCUGGACGGAGACACCCGCGCCAUGGUGGAAAAAAUGAUGUAUGACCAACGACAAAAAGCCAUGAACCAGCCUACCAGUGAUGAACAGCGAAAGCAAGAUAUGUUCAAAAAGUUCCAGCAGCAACAUCCGGAGAUGGACUUUUCCAAUGCCAAGUUCAAUUAGGAAAUACACCAAAGAGAAAUAUACGGAAAGCCUAUCAGAACGGGUAAAAUAGAACAGCGAGCUUGUGUAUAUGGAAAAUGGAUCGGAUAAUAAACCGUAGUAUUGGCUGGGUAUACAAUGUACGUACACAAAGGCGAAAUAUGCCUUCAGCUAACUUGCAUGCAACGGCUCAGGCAGGGCAGG